GGACAUUACCAACACUUCCCAAACCAACAAUCUACAACAGUUUAUGGUUAAGGACAACAACAUGAGCUGGAAAACGUCAGGAGCUUUGCAAUAAAAUCUAACAGAAUAUCUCAUUCGGCACGAUGUUGAACACCACCAGCCCAAAAGCUCUUCAAUCCUAAUGGACGUCAGACCGAAGGAGAAUUUCUCUCAAAGACAAGACACAUCCGCUGUAAGACAUCGAAAAACAUGUAAGGUAAACGAGAGGGCUGAGAUUCCUUCCCAGCCUCACAAUGGGACUAUUAAUGGUGUAAAUAAGAGGAUCACCAAACGAGAAGGAGGAGAACACAUCAGUUCACCCAGCAGAGAUGCUCAUGUGCCCGUUUUUAUUUUGGCUCUGGUGAUAGUGUUGUCUGUAUCUACACGCUUUUACAAGAUCACUGAGCCUCCUCAUGUAUGUUGGGAUGAGACUCAUUUUGGGAAAAUGGGAAGCUAUUACAUUAAUCGCACCUUCUUCUUUGAUGUCCAUCCGCCCCUUGGAAAGAUGCUGAUCGGCCUCGCUGGAUACUUGACAGGUUACGAUGGGACCUUUCCCUUCAUAAAGCCAGGGGACAAAUAUGAGCACCACAAUUACUGGGGGAUGAGAGCGUUCUGUGCUGCUCUUGGUUCCUGUUUGCCUCCUUUUGCCUUUCUUGUUGUCCUGGAGCUCUCUCAGUCUUCAACAGCAGCGCUCAUCGCAGCCUCUCUGCUCAUCUUCGACACUGGUUGCAUCACCCUGUCUCAGUAUAUCCUGCUGGAUCCCAUUCUGAUGUUUUUCAUCAUGGGCUCGGUUCUGUGCAUGGUCAAAUUCAACACGCAAAGACUCGGGCCUUUCAGCUUCUCCUGGUGGUUCUGGCUGCUUCUGACAGGGCUAUGCCUCUCUGGGUCUCUUGGUGUAAAGUUUGUGGGGCUGUUUGUCAUUCUCUUGGUUGGAAUCAACACAGCGCUUGAUCUUUGGAGACUGCUUGGGGACCUCAGCUUAUCUCUGGUGGAUUUUGGGAAGCACUUACUAGCUCGAGUUUUUGGGUUGAUAAUGCUUCCGUUGUUCUUGUACACGACAAUAUUCGCCAUUCAUUUCAUUGUCUUAAACAGGAGUGGUCCCGGAGAUGGUUUCUUCAGCUCUGCGUUUCAGUCUCGCUUGAUUGGAAACAAUCUACACAACGCCUCCAUGCCAGAGUAUCUGGCAUAUGGCUCAGUCAUAACAGUUAAAAAUCUGCGAAUUGCAGGAGGAUAUUUGCACUCUCACUGGCACCUUUACCCGGAGGGGGUUGGAGCUCACCAGCAGCAGGUUACUGCCUAUUUACACAAAGAUUAUAACAACCUGUGGUUGGUCAAGAGACUUGACAACUCUGACGAUCUCACAGGCUCACCAGAGCUCGUCCGUCAUGGUGACAUCAUUAGACUGGAGCAUAAAGAAACUACAAGAAAUCUUCAUAGUCAUUUCCAUGAAGCGCCCCUGACCAAAAAACACCUGCAGGUCACAGGUUAUGGCAUUAAUGGAAGUGGUGACGUGAAUGACCUGUGGCAGGUGGAGGUGUGUGGAGGAAGGAAGGGAGAUCCAGUGAAGGUGCUGCGCAGUAAAGUGCGUUUUCUUCAUCGCGCCACAGGCUGUGUGCUCUGCUCCUCUGGAAAGACCCUUCCCAAAUGGGGAUGGGAGCAAGUGGAGGUCACAUGCAGCCCGUAUGUCAAAGAGACCCCAAAUUCGCAGUGGAACAUUGAGGACCACAUCAACCCUAAACUGCCCAACAUCAGUCUUGCAGUACUCAAACCCACUUUCCUGGAGAUCCUCUGGGAGUCUCAUAUUGUGAUGAUCAGGGGAAACAGUGGUUUGAAGCCCAAAGACAACGAGAUGAACUCUAAACCCUGGCACUGGCCCAUUAACUAUCAGGGAUUAAGGUUUUCUGGAGUGAAUGAAACUGAAUACCGUGUUUAUCUCCUUGGAAACCCUGUCAUUUGGUGGCUGAACUUGUUAAGUCUGGCUCUAUUUGUAAUCCUGCUGACGGUGGCUUCAUUAGCCGUGCAGAGAAGAGUGAAGAUGGAGGGAAUGAUGAAAGUGCAUUGUCACACACUUAUGGAGGGUGGCGGGAUGCUGUUUUUGGGUUGGCUGUUACACUAUCUCCCAUUCUACAUCAUGGGUCGCAUACUCUACUACCAUCAUUACUUUCCUGCCAUGAUGUUCAGCAGUAUGCUAACAGGUAUUACUCUGGACAUCCUCCUUCAGAAUUUGCAGCUUCUCUUUAGCUCAUCUUUAUCUCAUUACCUGAUGAGGGGAGGUCAGUCGGUGCUCCUCUUAGGGUUUAUCUACAGCUUUUAUCUUUUCCACCCUCUCUCCUAUGGCAUGAGAGGGCCGCUGGCACAUGACUCUGCCUCCUCCAUGGCCGGUCUCAGGUGGAUGGAAUCCUGGGAGUUUUAGACAAACGUUUUAAGUGUUUUCACUUGAUAAAAUGUUUUCAAAACUAUUUCAUUUGUUACAUGUUCACAUUUCCGUGUUGAAGGACGGCAUUUAGUCUGAUUUUAGGCUGUUGAAAAUUUUCAAAUAGUAUUUUUGUAUUGUAUAAAAUUACGAUAUUUUACAGUCAUGUAUUUUACAUAAAAAUCUGAUGUUGUGAAACAGCUGUAGCUGGACUGAAAUAAAUUGAUAAAAAAAACAUUGAAGUGCCUUUCUAGUUUUGAAGAUGCUGAUGUAUAAAGCAUUAACCUUUUUGUUUGUGUUUAAAUCAUUUCAGUUUGAGAAUGUUUAAUAGCAUUUCUGUUUUAAAACUGUAAUGUAAUGAGCAGUCUUUCCUGAAAAUUUCAGUUGAGUUCGUGUUUGAAUUGUUGAUAAAAAAAUUGUUUGCAAUAUUGUCUUUAAAUUAUUGCCUUAAAUGCAAAUUGUAAACAGACUGACUCAGGUGCAUUUAUUUGGAUUUAGGUUGUGUUGCAUUUGAUAGCAACACAUUUUCUGGCUCAAUUGACUGAAAAUAUAUAUGUUUUUCAUUAAUCACCAACAUUGUAAGAGCUCUGUAUUUAUACUUGAAUUUUACUUACUUAAUUUUACUAAUUAUUUUAUUUUUCCAAGUAUAAUAAAGUGACCUUCUGUCUUUUAGAGGCAUGAUCUGUA